AGCCGUAGCGCUUAGUGUAGCUUCUUGGAAGUCGGAAGUUACGAGGAGCUCGAAAAGGCAUCAUCAGCUGGGCUCAAAGCAGAUGGAGGCUGGACAACAGGCAGCUCUGCCUCCUGCUGCUGCUGAGCCGCUGCUCCUGAUCAACAGACACACAGGGAGAGAGAGAGAGGAGGAGGACACCAUCAUCACGACUUGUCCUGUCAGCCCCGGAGAAGUAGAUAGCGGCACCUGUGAGUCAACGGCACGCAGAACCGAGCCAUAAUGUCGCCUAGCUUGAUGAAGUUUCCCAGGCUAAUGUCAGGUUGGUAGCUAGCCGACAAGCAGCAGCUAGCAUAAGUCAACGGCUGCUCGUCAGAGCCGCUAGCAUUUUUGAAGUUGCUCGUUGAAUUAUCGUGGCAAGCUGGCAUACGGCGUUAGCUACAGCGUUAAUUCUUUAGCCUGAGCUGUUAUUAGCUUGAUAAAAAAAAAAAAAAGACGUUAAACAGCCGUUAACGUAUCGUCACAGUCUGCUCCCCUCGCGCUCACUCCAAUUGGGGCGUUAUGGAUUUUACUGUUUAAUUAGCCUUUUAAGCUAGCAAUGCCCGCGACAUUAUCUCAGACUGACGUUAGCUUGCCGGAGUAUUGCACCCUGUGGUACAACUGUGCCCUGCCCAGCGGCGUCACUCAUAGCGUUUCGCAUGAUGGGUGAUGAUUAUGUGAAAGUUCGGGUCCAACUCGAGCAGAUGAGGUCAUUCGGUGAGGAUGCAGAGAAGGAGGAAGAGGAGGAGGAGGAGGAGGUGGAGCAGCAGCAGCUUCCAGGGUCCUCUCCUCCACAGGCACCCGUCUCCCCAGACCCCUCCAGCAUCACCAUAGCCGGCAGCGAUGCGUCCAGCACCUCCAUCACCUGUAAACAAAGGGGUAAAAGUCGCAGCAGGCCAGGAAAAGAUGACAAGAACUCUUGUGGCAAACACCUCCAGGAGCUGUCACUGCACGGGUCUGCUGCUCAUGCUGGUGGUAAGAACUUGAACAGACUCGGGCAUGAGCGGACACUUCACAUCAGAGGGACUGGCAAGAUCCUGCAGGGCAAGUCGGAGAGUAAUGGGAACUAUGUGAGCAUCCAUCCGUCCAAGAACAUCCCAGAAGUCAAACUUGCGAACAAGAGGAGGCCAGUGACGGUUGACACUGCAAAAGCCAAGACCUCAUUAGAGGCACUGAAGAUCAGCAUCAAGCAGCUGAAGUGGAAAGAGUUUCCUCUGGGUCGACGAGCAGCCUGUGAUAUCUACUGGCACGGCGUUUCCUUCCAUGACAAUGAAAAUAUCGUCUCAGGGCAGGUCAACAAGUUCCCAGGGAUGAUUGAAAUGCUGCGGAAGAUCAACAUGAGCCGGGCAGUGCGGACUAUGCAGGAGUUGUUCCCAGAAGAGUACGACUUCUAUCCCCGUUCCUGGAUCCUGCCUGAGGAGUACCAGCAGUUUUCCACGCAGAUCCGUAUGGUGAAAGAGAACGACGCCACAGUGAAUCCGACCUUCAUCGUGAAGCCUGACGGGGGCUCUCAGGGCGACGGCAUCUACCUCAUCCGUGACCCGAGUGACCUGAAGCUCAUGGCGGGUUCACAGGCCAAACAGGGGGUAGUGCAAGAGUACAUCCACAAGCCAUUACUCAUCGACAAGCUCAAGUUUGACAUCCGCCUCUACGUGCUGAUAAAGUCCCUGGAGCCGUUGGAGAUCUAUAUUGCCAAGGAAGGCCUGACGCGUUUUUGCACCGAGCCCUACCAGGAACCAAGCCAGAAGAAUCUCAGCCAUGUGUUCAUGCACCUGACAAACUACUCGCUCAACGUCCACAGCGGCAACUUUGUCCACUCCGACAGCCAGAACACGGGCAGCAAGCGCACGCUCUCCAGCGUGCUGUACAGGCUGGCAGCUAAAGGCGUGGACAUCAAGAAGGUGUGGUCGGACAUCAUCGCUCUUGUCAUCAAGACCGUCAUCGCCGUGGUGCCUGAACUUAAAGUGUACUAUCAGGCUGAGAUACCGCCUGGCAAACCAGGACCGACUUGCUUCCAGAUAUUAGGGUUUGACAUCCUGCUGAUGAAGAACCUGAAGCCAGUAUUACUAGAGGUCAACUCCAACCCCAGUAUGAGAAUAGAACAUGAACAGGAGGUGGCACCAGGGGUUUAUGAAUAUGUUCCUAGUCCAGUUGACAAAGAGGUCAAAGUGGGUGUGAUCAGGGACACACUGCGCCUUAUGGACCCGACCCACAGGAAGCCAGUUUCCCAACCGAGGGCUGCCGGGUUUGAACACGGGGAGGAGAUUCCCCUGGAGGCAGAGAUACAGGAGAGGAGCCCGGACGAAGCCGCCCUGCCCUCGCUGUGUCUGAAGCAGGUCUACCCCAAAUACACCAAACAGUUCAACUACCUGCGGCUGGUGGAGCGAAUCGCAGCUCUGUUCAUUCGCUUCCUCGGGGUCAAGGGCAACAUGCGUCUGGGCCCCACAGCCUUCCGAACCUUCAUCAGGACCUGCAAGCUGAGCAACAGUAACUUCACCAUGGCUUCAGUGGACAUCCUCUACAUAGACAUCACACGCCGCUGGUCUGGAUCGACGCCAGAUUCUCGAGAAGCAGGUAUGGGUCUGCAAGCGUUCGUCGAAGCCUUUUUUCACCUGGCGGCUCGCAGGUUCAAAUCCCUGCCGAUGAGGGAGCAGGUAGCGUCGCUGCUGGAUCUGUGCGAGGCCCAGCUGGAGUCCCAGUCGGGCGGGGAAGACCGGCGCUCCGUGAGCUGCAGCAGGGCGCUGCCGCGAGCCAACAAGACUCAGCCGCUGGGCCUCACCAACCCUCAGCUCAACUCUCCGGCUCCCCUGCGACGGGCGGCCAGCCAGGACUACCGGCUGCACCAAAGACUCAAGCCUCGCUCACUCAGGGCCAACGUGGAGAACUGACGGGAGAGAACUCAAACAAGUCAUCCAGUUCCCAAACACUGCCGGCAGCCUUCUCCACGGGAGCGAGGAAAUUAACCGCCCGUCUCUCCACCGCGGCUCCCGAUGAUGGGAGCUGAGAGAAGAGCUAGCUUGACCCCUGCUGGCUGACUUACAGGAGAAACUGUUCUCAGCCUGAUUGCUUUUUUUUUUUUUCAGAGGAGGAAGAUGUCUGCAGGGGGCGAUAGGAGUGGAAAUAGAACAAGAGAUGUCGGUGGAGGGUGGUGCGUUUCUUCCUCCCCUCCUGCUGUGAUCGUAUAUGAACAGUGUGGUCGAGUCAGGAGGACGAUUCGGCUGCUUUUAAAUACACUUAUUGAUUCUACAGGGCAGCUAUAUGCUCCCCCUUCACCUUUUUUUUGUCUGGCAACACAAGAACACAGAGAACAAAACUCCUUCAGGGAUAAACAUUAGACGCUCCGGCUUUUACGUUCAACGCAGUUCCACAUAAAUACAUAAAUGGGUGUAAGGGUGUGUGGUAUAUCCAAGAAUUUGCACAACAACUAUUGCAUUUGCACAGAAAUGGAUGUGAGGGUGACUGAGCAUAUUGUGUGGGCAUAUUGUGUGUGUGUUUGUGUGUGUGUGUGCUGUAUUUAUUUGUGUUAAGCUCAAUGGUGAAAGCCUAUUUACAGCCAGUGGCUCAGCUGUGCGUCCUGAGCCCAUUAGAGAUGAGUUAAGUGAAUAAGUAUUCAAAGGGAAAAGGCCACGCUGCCACUUAUCCUCUUUCAGUUCAGCAGCUAUUCCAGUCCGGCAGCCUCAGACCUCUACAGCGAGCAUGUUUUUAAAGAUGACGACUCUGCAGCCACACACUUUUGGGGAAUUCAGUUAACUCACAAGUAAUUGCAUGGGUUUUAAAACUUCACGAUUUAAGAUGGACGCAUUUUCUUAAACCUUUUGUAAACGAAAAGUUUAACCAGAAAUUACUGUAGAAUUCAGUCCUCGUCGCCCUCGUGCCGAUGGGAAGUCGGGUGGAGUUUUGUAGUCCACGAAACAUUUCCGGAGCUUCACAACAACAAAACAGUGUUGCAGCAAUUCUCCUUAACAACUACAAUAGAUGGAGGUUUAAACAUGUAACACAACAACCGACAGUACAACAUGAAAUGGUUUCCAGACGCUCUGAGGUCAACGUAAGGGUGUAAUUAACGCCUUUUCAAAUCAGUUUGGGAUCUCGGGAGUUAAAAUGGAUCCAUACAGCUUGUAUGAUGUGAUACAAAUCUUUAGAAGCCCCAGGAUCCCAAAAAACUGCACCCACCUCAUCUGGAUGUGCGCUAACACUGUUAGCUUCACGGCUACAGGGAAGAUUUCGGUGCGUUAAUAACUUAUUUCAUUUUGUUCCCCAUUUCCUUCACUUGUGUUGGAUUAAAAACUACAACGCCAUUUUGCUGCGAAGCUCCAGAAAUGUUUCCUAUCUUCCGACAAUAAGUUCCCUUAAACUUUCCAUCAGCUUGAGCGAUUAGACUUUUAACCUUCACAACAUUACGACUGCUGCUGCUGCUGCUGCUGGCGGAAGCCAACCAGAGAGGUCGUAGAUCCUCGCUGCCAUUUCAGACUAUUUCCACCACCGUUACUCACUGAACACUAAUGUUUGAAUUGUAUGUUGUUUUUUUUGUCUUUUACUGUAAGAUUAUUAAAUGAUUAAAUAAUCUUUUUGUCACGAGCAGGCCGAGUAUCGAGAGUGACGCGUUGAAGGACAAAACGACCUUAAUGCUUGAAAAACCUGCAACGUUGGCAGCUGUUUGUAAAACGCAUGGAGUGAAGUAACCACGAUGAAGGUUUCUGCUGUACGACCUGUUAGGACGAACAUAUUUACCGCGGUAUUUAACUGAUGACAUGAAGUAGAUUUAUAAGGUUAUAAUGAUGAUCAAUCAUGUGACUGAUAACACACACUGCAAAAAAUAAAGUUCAUUUUGACUUUUGAGCUGA